ACUACGUGGCUCAACACCCCCAAAUACUAAAAUGAGAUUGCAGAUUCAGGAAUUAUUGCGUGCCCUAAAAAAGAUCAAAUGAUCCGUGAUCAUAUUGUUAUUUUCACCAAUGCUAGGUUUGAAUUCUGUGUGUUUGUUUGAAAGGGAACGAAUUCUGUGAACGGUUGGCAUUCUAUGGGUUGAGCUCGAAUCUGGAGGUUUAUUUGAAGGAGCGUCUCAACCAACCCAACAACACUGCUUCCAACAAUGCCUCCAAUUGGAUGGGGACGUGCUACAUCAUGCCAUUCUUCGGAGCCUUCGUGGCCGAUGCAUUUCUUGGAAGAUAUUACACAAUAGCAAGGUUCUCUAUCAUUUAUGUCAUUAUUCAGGGGAUGGCAUUGUUGACAUUGUCAGCAUCUGUGACCGGCCCGAGACCAGCAUGCCAUAGGAAAGACGAUUGUCACGCGACAACAGUGCAAUCUACAGUUUGUUUCAUCUCACUUUACUCCAUUGCACUCGGAACUGGUGGGCUUAAGCCCUUUGGAGCAGAUCAAUUCGAGGAAGUACAUGAGGUUGAGAAGAAGCAUAAAAGCUCCUUCUUCAACUGGUUCUACUUCUCGAUUAAUAUUGGCGCCUUGAUAGGUUCUUCUGUCCUAGUUUGGGUGCAAAUGAACAUUGGCUGGGAAUGGGGAUUUGGCCUCCCCACACUGGCCAUGGCAAUAGCUGUUGGGUUUUUUUUUCUCAGGCACUCAUCUGUACCGUAAUCAGAAACCCGGGGGAAGCCCUCUCACACGCAUCGGCCAAGUACUGGUAGCAUCUUUCAGGAAGUAUCAUGUUGAAGUUCCUGCUGAUGAGGAGUGGUUGUAUGAAACAGCUGAUGCUGAGCUUGCAAUCAGAGGAAGCCGAGCACACCAAAGAUCUGAUCAAUCACGCUAGCAACUAAAAUCAUUUACAAACUGAACGUUUGGUAUUGGGAAACACAGAUUCUUCGACAAGGCUGCAGUAAAGAUGGAAUCAGACCACAUAAAUGGCUCCCUGGAUUCGUAGAGGCUUUGCACAGUGACACAAGUCGAGGAGCUGAAGGCCAUCGUACGACUUCUUCCAGUAUGGGCGACCGGGAUCAUCUUUGCCACAGUAUAUUCCCAAAUGAGCACUUUGUGUUGAUCAACAAGCCGCGAUCCGUGAUCUCAAGUCACUGGACCGUCAAGCUGAUCAAGCUGCAGUGCGUUGUGCGCAAGCCAGAACAACCACGAACUCCAUGAGAGCUGAAGCUGAGAAUGAGACAAAGAAGAGUAAGGAGCGUGCGGCACAAAAGGAGCCAAUGAUCAACCUUGCACGUGUUGAAACCACGGACAAGCCAGCUAAGAUGGAGGACCACAUGUGUACUUGGCUCGACGUGGUGUUGCGCGGU